CGCUGCACAUCUACUUCAUUGAUGCCCGAAAGCAAACGAAGUCCCGCCGUCGCCCGGGCAUUCGCUCCCAAAUUUCGCGUUUGCUUCCCGUACGCUGCACACCACCUUACACGAUGCCAGCCGCUGAGGAAAUGGCACCGUCUGAAGCACCACGAAGUGAACAUAUCUAGUACCAUUGAAGACAUUCUACCCAAUAGCGGUAUCCCUCCGGCUUCACAAGUGUACAUGCUGGAGCACAUGGAAGGGGAUUCAGACGUCAAUACAGCGAUUCUGGCUCAACCUCGUGCUGAUUCGGCGAGCGAAGAUCGUCCAUCCGAACUUCCAACGUCUUCUCCCGUGGUCCAGCAACACGACUUGGGCGGCACGCAAAGACCGCGUAGACGAACGGCUCCCACGCUCGACCGCAAUGGAAUUGGAUGCGUCUGGGCGGGAACCAUACAUAGCAGAGUUCAUGGGGGCGCUGGUCUAGUUGGACUACCGCAGCUACCAAGGACACCCAUUUUAUAGGAGACGAGCUGGAUAUCCCCAGCCCGACUAUCUGACCCUCAGUCCUCCGAUCGUCUAAUGUCUGGCUUAAUUAUUGUCGACGAUCUAGAUAUCGAUCAAAUACAUUACUACAACGU